AUGGAAAGGCAACAGAAGGGCUCCAUUUGUUCUCUGGCGUAUGGGUCUCUAGCUGAGGCGGGGGCUACAGUUGACACCCAUCUACUAGAAUUAUGCCGCCCCCAUUACAAGGUACCAAGCGCACUUUUGCCAGUGGCGAAAUAUGGAUUGCCGCAUCCGCAAAGUGGCGCCGGCCUUCGGUCUUUCAGGGGAGUUAACGAUGUCCUUUUUACACCGUAUUGUCCAUCACUGCUCUUGGCGUGCACGCCUGAAGGCACCAUUCUUACCUUCGACAUGAAUCAUGAAGCAUUCAUUUCUGAAAUGCCGGUAGCUGGGGAACCUGGUGAUAUGCCCAAUCCAAACGGCUAUGCUCCUUGCGUCCAUGUGAACCGGGACCCCAACACUCCUCUCCUUUUUUCUGGUUCCCCAAAUGGCGAUGUUAUGGUAUUUGACUCACGCAUUUCAGGCGUCAGCGCAAAGCUUCUUGGACCGAAGUUGUGCCCCAUACUUCGUCUUCCUUCUGCACAUGAUGGUGCUCUUUGUGGAAUCGGCACAGGAGUGGCAUUGCAUCCACAGUUAUUUCUCACGGGAGGCCGCGAAGACCGGUGGAUACGGGUAUUUGACCUUCGUUUUCCAUUUCAUUACAGUUCCGGAGGCUCUGGCUGCGGAAUCCCAACCCCAUAUCCACUGGAAGCAAAGCGCCUAGGGCCGAGUGAGCAGGAUAGAGACUACCCUUCACUCUUCAUGACGUUUGAUGUGUCCCCGGAUGGCUCUUUACUGGCAGCAUCUGUAACUCGGUAUCGUCCUGCUGAGAACUUCGGGAUACGGGGAAUGUUGGAGGGUUCUGAUGGUGAGACAAUUCUCAUCAGCCUUCCCGACGGUCUGCGUGCCAUCAAGACAAUUGCUUCCGCUGAUGGAUGUGCAGCGGAUUUCGUUCAGUUUUCGCCCAACGCCAAGUAUAUUUUGCAGACCGGCGGUAGUUGCAGACAGCGUUUCUGGGACCAUCUCUUAAGGGUGCAGGGCUCAAAGGCUGUUGCAGCCAGAGCUGAUGGUGCUGCUGCUAAGGAGGUGUUGCAGUUUAUGGAUAGUGACACGCAGCACCAAGCUGGAAGCGUUGACGAUUGGAAUCAGGUGUCUGAGAGCUCUACUGAUAAUGGCGGCAGCAAUGAGUCGCCAGCAGUUUCAAUGCGAGGAGCGAAAGCCCCCGCGACAACAAUCCGGUUGUAUGAGGGCCUGAAACUAUGGGACUCCACAACAGGUGUCGUACUGAGCUGGGCAGAAGGCGAAUUGGCGUCAGAGGACACCUUAAGGUGUAUUGCGCCCCUUCCGGAUGUCAGCUCUGGCCUCCUCGUCACUGGAGGAUAUGUACCCUCUGACUUCGGCAAGAUGCGGCAGUCCGCUUCAUCAGCGGGAUUGACGUUUUGGUCCCUUCAGCGUCGGGACGAUCUGCUGAUGGCCGCCCUUGAUGGUUCGUUUUCGCUGGAGGUACAGUUGAACGACGAAUCCCCUGGAGGGGGCGAUGAUUAG